CACGCCAUGGAUACGACCGGCCACAGCGUCCUCCUCCUCCAGCAGCUGAACAUGCAGCGGGAGUUUGGCUUUCUGUGUGACUGCACAGUUGCCAUUGGAGAUGUUUACUUCAAAGCCCACAGAGCGGUGCUCGCUGCUUUUUCAAACUAUUUUAAGAUGAUAUUUAUUCAUCAGACGAGCGAAUGCAUAAAGAUUCAGCCUGCAGACAUCCAGCCUGACAUAUUUAGUUACUUGUUGCAUAUCAUGUACACUGGGAAAGGGCCAAAGCAGACCGUCAGCCAGAGCCGACUGGAGGAGGGCAUCCGCUUUCUCCACGCAGACCACCUCUCCCAUAUCGCCAUCGAGAUGAACCAAGUGUUCUCCCCAGAGCCGGUCCAGUCUUCAAACUUGUACGGCAUCCAGAUCUCCACCGCACACAAACCAGCGAAGGAACGCCUGGGAGCGAAGGAGAGUGUGCCCAGGGCGGGCAGCAGGUCUGCUGCCCAGGGCGAUCACCCGCAGCUGCAGCUCUCUCUGGCCAUUGGCCUGGACGACAGUUCCCCGGACCAGCAGGUCGCUCGCCCCUCCGCUCAGCCUGCUGCUCUCACCAAGCCAGCAGAAGAGCGUACGAAGCGCUCAGUCUCCAUAAAGCAAGAGAAGUGCGACUCGGAGCCCGUGGUGUCCCGGACCUGCACCCCUCCAUCUCCGGAGGUAGCUAGCCCCAUCUUUGCUAAGGCCAGCCUCAAAGUGCACUUGUGUCACUACUGUGGGGAGCGUUUCGACUCCCGGGGGGGGCUACGGCAGCACUUGCACACCCACGUCUCGGGCUCGCUGCCGUUCGGCGUGCCGGCCUCCAUCCUGGAGAGCAGCGACCUGGGGGAGGUACAGCCUCUGGCUGAGGACAGAGAGGCUGGGGAUGACCAUCGGCUCAGGGCCUUCCUCCUCAAGGAGGAUGAGCAUCAGCUGGAGCGUCCGAGCUGCAGCGACCUGGAGCCUCUGCAGAUCAGCCAGCUCUCCCUCAUCUCCAAGGACCACGAACCAGUGGAGUUGAACUGUAACUUUUCUUUCUCAAGAAAGAGAAAAAUCAGUUGCACCAUCUGUGGCCGCACCUUUUUCCGGAAGAGCCAGUUGCUCGAACACAUGUACACGCACAGAGGGAAGCAGCACAAAUACAGCCGCUGCCAGCGGCUGGAGAGCCCCGCGACCCCCAGGUUUCGUCCCUACUGUGACAGUGAGAGCAUGGGGAAAAGCUCCAGUAUGUCCCAAGACCACUUAGAUGAAUGUAUACUGGAGUCGGAUCUCAUCCAAGAAAGCAUUGAUACGAUCCUGGUAGAGUAG